UCAGCGUAGUUCGUUCGACACCACCGCUGCUGCCGUAGUCAGAGACCAACUUACCACUACCACCAACCACCUCCACCACUUGCUUCUCUUCUUUUAAACCACCCGGACCAUUUCUCUCUGCUUCAUACUUUAUCAACCCUUCGUCGUCUAUACUUAGAAAAAUACGAGUCUAAAUUAAUUUUUCGUACUUCCUCCCUGUCCGUUCGCGACGUUCAGUUAAUUGCCCUUUUUAUAAAAAAAAAUUAUCUGUAACAUUUCCCUGUCGCGUGCAUUCUUGGGCAUUUCUUUCGCCCCGGCAACAAGUGGAAGCGGUGGAGAUACCUGGGGGACUUCUGCAGAUGGUAUUGUGCAAUGAUCACUUAAGGAUCAUAAACGGUAGUAACGUAAUCAGGCUCUGAGAAGGAGAGACGUCCAGGACCAAGGUGCAUGAGCAGGCGAUGUGGGCCGUGCUAGCGGCGGCGAUUUGGGUGUGCGCGCUUGCCAACCCCUUGCAGCCGCUGCACCUAGAGCGCGGCUCCUAUCGACAUCCCCAGGAGUUCGCGGCUUGGAGAAAGCGCGACUCUACCGCCGGCGGACAACAACAACAACAGCAACAGCAAGACCAGCAGGUGUCCAUUGGACAAACUGGACUCCCCGGAGCAGAGCAACUAAUGCUACGUUCGCCGCGAGGCGGAAGACAGUACGACGUACCCCAAGUUGAGUGUCCCCCUGCCGCAGACGGCAUGGAUAGGUUCGCCUGCCCAACCCCCGACCGGCAAGGCCGGUAUCACUGCAUAGACGAUCACGUUCUUUGCAAUGGUUUCAUAGACUGUCCCACAGGAGAAGAUGAAGACCGUCAAGCCUGUAUGUAUUAUAAGACGAUAAAGGUUCACCUGGACGUGCUGGCAGACGCCUUGCUUCGAUGGGCUCAAGGUCGUUAAUCAAAUUAGCCGUAUCAGAGCGAGGCCUGCUACAAAUUGCCCCUUGUGGAAUCGGGUAUCAUUGGAGUACGCCUAGUCAGGUCCGCGUACUCCACUGAACCCGUCACGUCCACAACCUUGAGCCCUAGGCCUCUGUCGUCUCUAUUCUAACACUUCAGAGAGGAAUAAGACUUCAAUAGUAUCGCAAUGCGGCAUUCAGCGACCGCUUCUACAGAACCUUCUUAUUAGACUUCUCAACAACCAUCAUCACCGCCCUCUCUCUCUACCCCUCUCUUCCGUGUUUUAUUGCCUACAACCACUUCCGGUGAAGUAAGUACUGUACAGCACCCCCCUUAUAAAAAUCUAUCAUGUGUUUUUUGGAAGUGUAUUUUGAUUGUAGCAUGAACAUUAUUGACAAAGUGACUCUGACCGAUAAAGAAAUCAAUAUUAUGAACCGAUUGAUUGGUUUGAUUUUAAAUAAUUAUGAACUAGUGUGUGAUCACUAUUAUUAUAUAGAAAUAGUUUCUUCGUUCAGCAACAGAAGAAAAAUACGGAGGUUCGAAAGAAGUGUUGCGGCCGCAUCACCUUGUAAUCAUUCCAAUUUAGUAUUUCUGUCAAAACUAGAAAAAUACAAUAUCUGCGAAUUGAUCUGUCCACACUAUUGCUCACUCGGAUUCUGUUAAAUCCUACCUGUCUAAUGCCAAAACAAGCAACUAAAAAAUAGCUUCUUUCCAGUUACUAUUUGCGUGAUGUUUUUAUUUCUCUUUUAAUUUGUAAUGCAGAUAUUGUCGUCAUUUUCAUAUGUGAAUCCAAACUGUGAACUGAAACAAAUAUCUCUUAUACGUUGUUUAGGAACAUGUUAUUAUAAAUGUGUUAAAGCCUAUUUGUUACAUAUUUAUCACUGUUGAUAUUGUUAGAUUGUAAGCUCGUGAAGCAGUUUAUAUUUUAGAAAAAGUUUCGGCUCUAUUUAUUCGUUGGAGGGUCGCAAUUGUUAGUUAAAAGAAAAGGGCUGAACAUUUGCAUUGUUUCCCGCAAUUAGUCGCCAGUAAGUGCAGAGAAUCGGCAAUUUUUGCACCAUUUAAUUAUAUUAAAAUUAACCAACAAAAAAAAAAGAAUUUAUUGUUAGAUCUUGUCGUUUUAAAAACAAAUAUAAAUAUAAUAUAUAUUAUACUUAAUGUAGUAGUAUUUAUAAAAACAGAGUGUAUAAUCUGUAUGCUUUCGAUGUAUGAAAAUAUAUUUAAUUAUUAUGUAUUAAAUAGCACCCAAUUUAGAUUAGAUAAAGCCUUUCAACUCUGCACUUGAGGUAACUUGCUGCCAAAAUCCCAAGGAGUUAUUUCCUGGAGGCUGGACCACUACUUCGAACCAAUUUCGACUUCUUAUUCCCUAUCAUUAAUUGUAUCAAGUUCCUCUUUCGUACUGUUAAUAAUAAUAAGUUAUUUUACAUAAUAGAUCACGUCGGUUACUGACAUCGGAAGAUAGAGUUUUAUUGCGAAAUAAAACGGAUAUCUCGAGCCACCGAUGUCUAAAAACGGACGUACGGUAUUUUUAAUACCUACCUAGAAUUUUAAUUACGUAACAAUCCGAAUAAAAGAUGUUCUUAGAAGUGGUUUAAGGAAAAACUCCACGGAUUUUCGCGUGGAAUGAUAUGCAAAAAGGAAUUGGGCCGAAUCUCGUUUCGUAAUCUUAUACCAUCAUUAUAGUUCCACGACGUUUGUAGCUUUAAGUUUAUUACUGCAUCUUCUGAUGAAAAUAAUUUCCUGAAUCACCUGAAUGGUAUUAAAUUGAAUCGAAGUAACAUCAAAAAUGUCGAAAAACAAUCGGCCUACCGUAGUUAUUAUACCUAAUAAGUACUCCGUAGCUACACGUGAAAAAAUACCAUACAAAUGCAACAGUAGGUAUACUUACUAAAGAGAUAUAAAAUAUUUCUAUUUCCAGCCUGGAUAUCCCUAUAAAUACCAUAACUGCAACAUCGUGGUGUAUGAAAUAUAUUUAAAAAAAGGAUUGAGCAUGCUUAUAAUAACAAAAUGCUCGUCUUAAAACUUAGUUCCUGCAUCUACAAUAUGAUAAAACCACGAUGUUAAGCAUAUGAAUGAAUAUAAACAUAACAUUCCAACAAAACGUGUAGUUACAAUUAGUCAGGCAAAUUUAAACAAAACAAAAGAGCACAGGUGUAAACGUCAUGUUCAGUACUAAAUAUACAUGGAUAUUAAUCCUUCACCCCUCUAUUUCGUAAUAAAUUAACAUGGACUUUGAAAUUAAUAGAUUUAUGCUACCACUAGAAUUCGUACCGAAGUCAAAGACCAUAUAUGAAAAAAAAAGUGAGAAUGACAUCAGGGAUCUCUGACUCUUUCGCACUGUAUAAAAGAUUACGCUUACGCUUUACGUUGCCCAGCAACGGCGCGGUGUUUGGAAUGAAGGAAAGAGAAAGAGAUUCCUCUCGUCGUUUUUUCUCUCACUCGUUGAGAUGCGAAACCUAGUAAGUCUGUAAGUGUAGACAUGUAAUAAGUGCUCAAAUGAAACAGUGACGUGCACAAUUUAAGGAUGCAAUUGAACGAUCCCUUUGACGAGAUGUUUACACCUUCAAUAACUUAUUUUUCCUACGACCUAGAGGGUUAGUAUUUAAGUCUCAGGGUCUAUACGGCGGCUUCUGAAUCCAACUUCCUACUGCUGUACGAAAACCGUAUAAUAUUUAUUCAUGUCGACUUGCACCGAGCACUAAAAUUGCACAUGUAAUUUGCACAGCACACCAACUUAGUAAGUGUCAAGAUGAUGUGUACGU